AUGAAUUAUUGCACUCUAUUGACCAUAAGUUUUUUUUUUUGCUUAUUUUUAACAAACGUAGUUUAUGAAUAUGUGCAUGUGUUAAAUUCUAAAAAACGAAAAAGUAGACAAGAAGAAUAUAACGAUAAGAAAAAAUUAUUUAAAUUUUUUUUACAUAUACAUAUUUUAAAGCAAAUAGUUUUUGAAUCCGUUAUAAAUUUAGCCAUUAAAAUGAGUAUAUUACUUCAUGUUUUAAAAAGAUAUUUAACGUAUAGUAAAAAGAAUUAUAUAGGUUAUUUAAAAAAUGAAGACAAUCAUGAUGUAGAAAAGAUUAAUAACAAUAAUAAUAUGAAGAAGAACAACAAGAAGAAAAAGGAUAAUUAUAAUGAUAAUGAUAAUGAAAAAGAUAAAGGAAAUAAUAAUACAAAAAAUUAUUAUGAAAUUUUAGAAAAUAAUAAUACAGAUGUAAAUGAAAUUAAAAUAUAUAAUAAUAAUUUUAUAGAUAAUGAUUAUAUAAAUUAUAACAAUAUUUAUAAAACUAAUACAACAAACAAUUUAGAAAAUAAGAAAAACGUACAAGUCAAAACAAUUUAUUUUAUCAGACAUAGUGAAUCUGUAUGGAAUAGUGUAUUUAAUAAAGAGUUAUCAACAAAACAAUUUUUAAAAAUGUUUAUGGUUAUUUUAUAUGAACUUGUUUUUUUAUUUAGUAAAAAAUCUGCUCUUAUUGAUUCGCCUUUAAGUAAUACAGGAAUUAUACAAUCAAUCGAAUUAUCAAAUUUUUUAUUAGAAGGUAGAACUGAUUUGAAUGAUGAAUUUUGUGAUGAAACAUUUAAUCAGAUUGAAUAUAUACAUGAUAAAAAUAAAAACAAUGAUAAUACAAUGAAUGAUAGAGAAUAUAAUAAUAAUAAUAAUAAUAUUGAUUUAUAUAAAUUAUCAAAAAAAAAAUUAAUGAAAAAUAAAAACUCCCUAUUAAAUUAUAAUAAAAACAAAGAAACGAAUGAUAUGGACACCACCAUAAAUAAUAAAAAUAAUAAUGAUGAUAAUAAUAAUAAUAAUAAUAUUGAUGAUGAUAAUAAUAAUAAUAUAGAUGAAACACAACAGAAAAUAUUAAGAAAUGUGAAAAGUUAUAUAACAUAUGAUAACAAUAAUGUUGAUGAUAUAAAUAAUAAAAAUGAUAAUAAUCAUAAUAAUAAUAAUAAUAAGGAUGAAUAUAAUCAUGAAGAAAUUAUUAACUUAAGUUUAAAAGAUCAUAUAGAUAUUCUUAAUAAUAAUAAAUAUGAAUCUGUUUUGUUAUGCUCUGAUUUAAGAAGAACAAUAUCUAGUUGUUUUAUAUCAUUCUAUAAUAGAAUCAAUAAGAAUAAUGAAGAAAUACAUGUUCUUAAUUCAUUACAAGAAAUUAGUAGAAAUCCAGAUUGUGUACCGCUAAUGAAAUAUUAUAAUAAAUAUGUUACAACAGAUAUUGAAAAAUUUCUACAUAAAGAUGUAGAAAAAUUAUUUAGAAAAAAUAUUAAAUUUAAUAAAAAUUUCACAAGAAAUAGUUUUCUAGAUACAUUAGAUUAUAUAUUCAAUCAUGAUAAAAAUAUUUUUAUUAUUUUUGGACAUAGCUUAUGGUUCAUGAAUUUCUUUAAAUAUUUCUUAAAAGAAUCACAUAAAGCUAAAACUAGUAAAUUAAAAAAUGCUAGUAUAUUAGUUUUUAAUGUUUUCAAAUAUGAAAACGAUAAUGAUCAAAAUUCUUUUUUCAAAGUUGAAGAAGUUUUACCGAAUGAUCAUAUUAAUGAAAAUCAAAAUAAUCAUAAACAACAACACAAAUAUAAUAAUGUACAACAACAACAACAAUAUAAUCAUCAUACUAAUAAUAUAUCUGAUACAGAAUAUGUAACACAAGAAGCAUUAACAGAUAGUAGUGAUUACUUCUCAGAUUAUGAAGAAUAUCAAGAAGAUGAAGAAGAUGUAACAAAGGCAGAUGAACAAGAAAAUUUUCACACAAAUCAAAAUGAAGAUAUUAUAUUACACGCAAUUGAUAAUAUUGAUAGUACACAUCAUAUGGAAAAUCCUGAUAACCCAUAUGAAGAAGACCACUCUAACAUUACAACAAAAAAAAAAAAAAAAAAAAUUAAACUCAAAAAUUUAAAGAAAAAACAUAAACUAUUUAAAAAUAAAAAUAAAAAUAAUAAAAUUUUUUCCAACGAAAAGGCCAAAUAUGAAGUUGAUCAAAAUAGUAUUCGUGUACUAUACAAAGGAUUUGACGAAAAGGAAUAUUUAAGAGGUUAA